AUGAUGCACAACAUACAACACACCGCCAACUACGUGGAAUUGACAAAAACUAAAUUUAGAAUAAUAAAGGCCGUAUAUUGGAAAAAUGGCAAUAAACACCACAUCGGCGUGAUUCUUAAUCGCCAGCGUAUUAGUGUAAAUGUCAGGGAAGCAAUAGAUUAAYAAAUCGAAGGAGAAACAUAAAGUAAAGUGUUAAAAAAGUUUCCUGGAGUCAAAGUUGUGCACAGGUGCCGCUUUACACGGUGGAGCGUAUCGGCAAAGAUAUGCUAUUGUAAAUUUUCUAUGUAGAUAACAUUGUGGAAAAUUCGGGAAUCAAAUUGUGGAUAAUAUGCCAUUAUGUAAUUCAGUUAAUUGAUCAUCAAUACGUGCAUCGUUAACAACGCUUCUUGCGGAUUGCUAUUUAAACAAAUUAUUUUGGCUUUAACCCUUUAGUUCAUAUCUCUUUAAUUGGAAAUAUUACCGACUAGCAUGGAUUCGUUGGUAUUCCUGACGGCUGCGGCUCAUCUGUUCUACACACCAUUCACCAAAGUGGAGGAGAGUUUUAAUUUACAAGCUAUGCAUGACAUUCUUUAUUUGAGACAAAACUUUACGCAGUAUGAUCAUCAUGWUUUCCCCGGUGUAGUACCGCGCACCUUUCUCGGACCGCUGGUAAUCUCCAUAUUGUCCUCACCGUUUGUGAUUCUUUUUGAAACACUCAGCAUGAAUAAAUUUUGGGCGCAGUAUGUUGUUCGUUUGGUGUUAGCAGCUGUGGUAACUGCUUCGUGGCACAAUUUCCGUCGUGUGAUAAGCAAACAGUUCGGCACUGACGUCCGCCUCUGGUUUACUAUAAUCACAUUGACACAGUUUCAUUUCAUAUUCUAUAUGAGUCGACCAUUGCCUAAUGUUAUAGCAUUGCCUGUGGUGUUAUAUGCUCUUUCCUUUUGGUUACAAGGACAAACGAAACCCUUCAUAAUAUGUUCCGGCAUCGCAAUAUUGAUAUUUCGUUCAGAGCUUUUAAUAUUCUUAGGCCUACUGCUAGCAUAUGAURUGAUUUUUCGUAAGGUUACUAUAACCAGCGUACUAAAAAUAGCAUUACCCGCAGGUUUAGCUAUUUUGGUCACAACAAUUGUUUUGGACUCAUUUUUCUGGCGCCGUCUCUUGUGGCCGGAGGGUGAAGUACUGUGGUACAACACUAUCAUGAAUAAAAGCUCCGAUUGGGGUACUUCUCCGUUCUUAUGGUAUUUCUAUUCAGCAUUUCCACGCGCACUCGGCGCUUCAGUCUUUCUGGUGCCUAUAGGUGUUUGUUUGGAACGRCGUAUACGUCCACUAGUGCUUGCGGCCUUGGCAUUUGUGCUUAUCUACUCCAUACUGCCGCACAAAGAGUUGCGCUUUAUUGUUUACGUGUUCCCUGUGCUGAAUUUGGCGGCUGCUUGUGCCUGUUGCCGAUUCUGGCUCAAUAGCGGGAAAUCUGUGUGGCACCAAAUACUGGCUCUUGGUGCUGGUGCCCAUUUAUUAAUUAAUAUACUUAUAACGGUAUUCCUUUUGGUUGUAUCGAGUACCAACUAUCCAGGUGGUGUGGCAUUAACUCGUCUGCAUCGUCUGGAAGCACAAACGCCCAAUGCAUCUGUACAUAUAGCAAAUUUAGCGGCACAAAGUGGAGUCUCAAGAUUUUUACAAAUCCGGGAUGAUUGGCACUAUUGUAAAAACGAAUCGAUAACUUACGAUGCUGAGCAGACUCGUUAUUACACACAUCUCUUGGUGGAAGCAAAAAAUAAAAACAAUGUGCAGCUUUGGUCCACACUGCAGAAAGAAUUUGAAAUUGUAGAGUUUGUCGAUUGCUUCAAUAAUAUUGGCAUACAGUAUAGCUCAUUAGUGCCAAUUCGUAUUAAAACCAAACCAUGCAUAGCUAUAUUAAAAAGAAUAAAACCUCCUGUUGAUGUUGAAACUAAAAUAAAGACRAAAGGCGAGAAAAAAACAAAAAAGAAGAGUAAAAAGUCAAACGCAAUCGAAGACGUGGAAAUCGUUCUUAACGAAGUUGUAGAAGAUAUAAAAGACACUGAAACGCCAAAAGACGUAGAAGAAUUGAAAACCGCACUUAACGAUAAAGUUGAUGUAAAGGCUUCGCUGGAGGACGGUUAUGUAGAGGACUGGACAUUAGAAGUUGUAGACGAUGAAGCGCUCGAAGAACCAAUUGAAAUUCAUAAGUCAGAAAUGCAACCUCCUAGCGCUGAAAAACCAAUUACAGUGCACGAAGCUGUUGAACCAUCAGCCCAAAAGUCAGACACUGACAUACAAUCAGAGGAAACUUCAGAGCAGCAAACAAAAGAUAUAAACUUCCAUGAGCUGCAUAAUCUGGCGUUAGGUAGAGUGAAUCGUAAAACUUUGGCAACAAAACAAAAGAUACGCCAAUUAAUCGAACAGCAUUAUCGKGCGAAGGGACGCCAGGUUGAAAGCUCCGCCGAAAAGGUUGAUAAACGUCCGGCCACUGCAGCGCGCCAAACAGUUAAGUCCAUUAUAAAGCAAGAACGCAUUAAGGAGAUGAUCGAACAGAUCGCAACAAUGGAUCUGACGCGCAUUUGCGAUCUGGAACAUAUUUCUACCAAAGACUGUCUAAAGCAGGUUAUCGACAAACUGGACACUGAUGAUAAGUUAGCACACAGUAAUUGAAAAAAAGUGUAAUAUUUUUGUUUUAAAUUAAGGA